CAUAACCAAAACCGAAGUGCCCUUUUGCUCCAACAAUUCCCCUCUUUCUCUUGAAUUUUUCUUUCUGUAAUCACAUCUCUAAAACCCUACCCACCUCUCUUCUUCUUCGUGUGGGGUUUCCAUUCAAUAUUUAUGGAUCGAUUUCGUUGCAAUUAAUUAUUUUUCACAGUGUGGUGUCAAGUCCGCCGUGGAAUUCUUCAGCUGAUUAAUCUAAUCUUUUUCACCUGAUUUUAACGUUCAUCUGGUUUCGGAUCUGAGAAUUGCGAAUUGGAGCUUCUUUUCGGAAUCCUGGAUGAAUAUUGAAGCAGAAUCAGUGGAUUGAGUUAGUUUGUGGCGCUGAAAGAGAUCAGAAUUUGGUUGGGAUUUUUGUAUUUUUGAAUAUUUUUAUUUGAUGGGGGCAGGUGAGGGAAGCGAAUUCCCUCCGAAAAAUGCUGUGGCGGCUCAAUCGGAAGCCCAAGGGAGUGCAACGGUGGCGGCUGAUUUCCCGGCGAAGAAUCCAGCCCGGCAGCUCGAUUUCACGGGCGCGCCAUCGCAGGGAAGCAUCGUGUUGCCAGAACAUCCGCAACCACGAGAAGUGCCGCAGCAGCAGCCAGUGGCGGCAUCUGCUCAGACACAGACGCAAGUGGAGGCCAUGCCCGCGGCACCGUCCCAGACACAGCAUCCUUCUGCGAGGAUAUUAAAGCCAGAAUCUCCAAGACCCAGUGUCGAAGUAAAAGAUGGGACCCCAAAGAAGCAAAAACAGUGUAACUGUAAACAUUCCCGGUGCUUGAAGUUGUAUUGUGAGUGCUUUGCUUCUGGAAUAUACUGUGAUGGCUGUAAUUGUGUGAAUUGUUAUAACAACGUUGAAAAUGAAGCUGCUAGGCGAGAAGCUGUUGAAGCAACUUUAGAGCGUAAUCCAAAUGCCUUCAGGCCAAAGAUUGCCAGCAGCCCACAUGGAACACGCAAUAACAGAGAGGAGGCUGGGGAAAUUCUAGUGUUGGGAAAGCACAACAAGGGAUGCCACUGCAAAAAAUCAGGGUGUCUCAAAAAAUACUGUGAGUGCUUUCAGGCCAAUAUUCUGUGCUCUGAAAAUUGCAAAUGCAUGGAUUGCAAGAAUUUUGAAGGAAGUGAAGAGAGGCAGGCCCUUUUUCAUGGUGAACAUGCCAACAACAUGGCAUAUAUUCAGCAGGCAGCAAAUGCUGCCAUAACUGGAGCUAUUGGAUCAUCUGGUUAUGCAUCGCCUCCUGUAUCCAGGAAAAGAAAAGGUCAGGAGCUCUUGUUUGGGCCAAUGGCCAAGGAUUCCUCUCUUCACAGGCUUGGACAAUUUCAACCGGCAAACCAUGUUAGGGGAUCUGCACCCUCAUCUUCCUUGUCUUCCGCUCCUGUAGCUCGAGCUGGUAGCUCUGCAACAUUGGGUCCUUCAAAAUUCACAUAUAGGUCUCUGCUAGCCGACAUUAUCCAACCACAGGACUUGAGAGAACUUUGCUCAGUCUUGGUUGUUGUAUCAGGGGAAACUGCAAAGACACUUUCAGGUAAAAAAACUGCGAUAGAGAAGCGGACAGAAGAUCAGACAGGAACUUCCCUUGCUUCCUCAACACUAGAAAGAUUGCAAAGCCAGAAAGAAUCUGAUCCGCAGAAAAGUGUCCCUGAUGAUUGUUUAAGUGCAAAUCAGGAAGAUAAAGUUGCGCCUGAUAAUUCAAGUUCAGGUGGUACUGAAGUGCCAAUGGGAAGGCCCAUGUCUCCUGGAACUUUAGCAUUGAUGUGUGAUGAACAAGAUACAAUGUUUAUGACAGCUGCUUCCCCUAAUGGGAUAACUAGUCAUGGCUGCAACACAACUUCACAGUUGCAUCCUGGACAACACAUGAAUGAUGUUUAUGCAGAGCAGGAAAGGGUAGUUUUGACUAAAUUUCGAGAUUGCCUCAACAGGCUCAUUACUUUUGGAGAGAUUAAAGAAGCAAAGUGUUCGACGUUAGCAAAAACUGAAAUUGGGAGUCCACUGGACCUAAUCAGCAAUGGCCCUUCAAAUGCCAGAGUUGAAACUGGGAAGCAACAGGUACCUGUAAGCAAUGGUGCUGCCCAACCACCAGCAAAGAUGCCUCAUAUGAUUACUGGAGCAGUUUCUGCCUCUAAUAAGGAUCUUCCGAAAAUUCCAACCCUUCUGGAAAAUACAGAUAAUAGGCCUAAGGCAUAAGUUGGCCCAAGGUAUGCUAUUGAAUCUUGCCCUUCCGCUAUUGAAUCUUGCCCUUCCUUGACCCUGCCUCACUGCAGGAGCCGUGUCCUUGUGCACAUGAGUAGUUUACCUUUACCCUAUACUUCUACAUUUCCUUUCUAUUACACCAUUUUCCAUUGUGACUUCAACUCUGAUGCUGAGGUAGUAGCGGGCACCUUAAUGUUGGCGUGAUGCCAAUCUGAUUUAAUCCUUACAUCUCUUUUAUUUAUCUUGACACGUCAGCUCUCUGUUUCUAUCGAUUUUUUAACCCUAGUGCAGUACAUUGCUGCAGAGGAGAGUGCAGAGUCAUGUAAUUGUCUUCGUUAGAUGCCAUUUAUCACCAUAGCUUGUAAUAUUAGAUGGUACUAGUUUUUGAUUAUUUCUUUUUUUUUUUGUACAGAAAUUUUCAAUUAAUUGUAAGAUCCAUCAUAGGGUGAUUUUCCAACUUUGGUCCGACUAACAAGUGCUAAUAAGGGGCUACAUAGCCAGUUCUCUCAUUUCUUUUCA